AUGUUCUAUUUUAAGCUUUUCUUCGAAAAAACAUGUUUCACCAAGUUUAAUAAUAAUACCUCAUCAUUCUCAAAUGGAAAAGGAAGAAAUGAACUCUCUUAUAUAAAAAGGUUUCUUGAGGAAAAAGAAUUAAGAAAAAAUAUGCCAUGGAAUGAAAUGCAAAAUAGAAAAUUAUUUAUAAGAAAUUUAUUGGAGGAAGAAGAUUUGGAGGAACAAUUUUCAAAAGAAACAUUAUUACAUGGAAACAAAUGUCAAAAUAAAAUUAGCGACUUUUUUAUAAAUGAUUCAGAUCUGAAUUUAACAGCAAGUGAAUCAAGUUUGGAUGAGGGAAGUUGUAUAUUUUCUAGUAAUAAUAAUAUGGCAAAUGAGGUAAAUUUUAAAGAUAGUUACAUUUUGGGACAAGAAAAAACUUAUAAUACAAAAAGAAAAAGUUCAAUACAAAAAUAUUACCUCUAUUUUCCAGUGAUUCCACUAUUCCUAUUUGUCAUAGGAUUUAUUAUUUUCAGUUCAAAAGUUUCUGAUAUAGGUGGUAGUAUUUAUAUAUUAUAUUUAUCUCUUAUUUUACUCCCCUUAACAAUAUUGACAUUACGAUAUCAAGGAAGGACCUUUCGUAAUAUAUCAGGAAAAAUACCAAAAGAUAAAAAGGAAUAUAAUACAGAGGAAUCCUUUUCUGAAACCUGUAAGAAACAUUUAAUUAAAUAUUUAUAUAAUGUAUAA